CCACCGCCGCCACCUACGCCGCUUACUGGCGGCCCAGUGAAAUGGAGGAGAAGUCCUCGGCUCGGUUCUCCGAGUACCUGUUCGCCAAGAUGGACGGGCAGGACGUCUCGGCCUCUCAGGGUCCCCGUAAGGUGACCGCCGACACCAGGAAGUUCAUGCGGGAAAAUCUCCUGCUCGUGGUCACACUCUCCGGCGUUCUCUUUGGCGUGAUACUCGGGUUCGGUCUGCGACCCUUGGGCCUCGGCGAUGACGCAGUUAUGUUAAUCAGUUAUCCCGGAGAGCUCUUCAUGAGGCUGUUGAAGUUAAUGAUCUUGCCCCUGGUGAUCGCCAGCUUGAUAUCCGGCUCGGCGAGCUUGAACGCAAGGAUGAACGGUAUGAUCGCCGUCCGCACGUUGGUUUACUUCAUCCUUACAUCGCUGCUGAACGCAGUCCUUGGCGUUCUCCUGGUGCUACUGAUUCACCCUGGUAAUCCUGGGAUCAGAAAAUCGAUGACAACCGCGCACAACGGACGAGCCGUCAAUAUCCUGGACAGCCUUCUGGAUUUGGGAAGGAACAUGUUCCCGGAUAAUAUUUUCCAAGCGGCGUUCCAGCAGGCACACACGGUGUACGUGCCGAAAACCCAGCCGUUUCGAAACCUCAGCGACUCUGUGUCCACGGAGGUAAUUGGCGAAGUGGAGCUGACGAGAGUGACCCAGUACAGGAGCGGAACGAACACCCUGGGCAUAGUCUUCUUCUGUCUGGUCUUUGGGACGUUCUUAGGUACCCUAGGCGAAAAGGGCCAGAUCGUCAUCGACUUCUUCAAGGCUGUCUUCGAGGUCAUCAUGCGCAUGGUGUCGACCGUGAUGUGGAUGACACCUGUGGGCAUCACCUCAGUGAUCGCCGGGAAAAUACUCGGCGUGACCGAUCUGGCGUUGGUGAUGUCGCAGCUCGCCUGGUUCAUCGUCACGAUCGUGAUCGGUGUCUUUUUCUAUCAGCUGGUGAUCAUGCAGCUGAUUUACCUGGCCUUCGUGAGAAAGAACCCUUUUAAAUUCUACGCCGGCCUCGCCCAGGGUACCCUCACCGCCUUCGCCAUGGCAUCAACGGCUGCCGCGCUACCGGUCACGUUCCGCCUGAUGACGGACAAGCUCAGGGUCGAUCCACGAGUCACCAGAUUCGUUCUACCGAUCGGUUGCAACAUUAACAUGGACGGGACGGCACUGUUCGUAGCCGUCGCCAGUAUAUUCAUCGCGCAGAUGCACGGCAUCGCCUUGGGUUUCGGCGAGAUUAUCACUGUUAUCUUAACAUCAACCGCAGCAUCUGUGUCAUCGGCUUCGGUUCCGAGCGCCGCCCUCGUGCUUCUCCUGGUUGUGCUAAGCGCCAUCGACGCUCCCGUUUACAACGUCUCGCUGUUAUUCACCAUCGACUGGUUCGUGGACCGUAUAAGAACCACCAACAACAUGUUGGGCGACUGUUACGCCGCCGCGGUGGUCGAGCAGCUGUCGAAGAAGGAACUGAUGGCGCUGGAUGCGGCAGCCUAUCAGUCGGAGACCGUUCUGCCAACGACGAUCGCGAACGGAUGCAUCUCUGCGAACAGAGUACCUGAUCCUGACACCAUCGUAGUCGAGAUGCAGGACGAUACGAGGAUAGCCGGCAUCGCCAAGUAAACAAGCUUGUUGCAUCAGCGUGUUGCAGAUGCCCAGAAGCGUGACGGAAGAGACAGUCUGACCAGUGGUUCAACCUGUGUUUAGCUCUAGUUAUCGCCGAUCGUAUUGUUGUUAACGAACUCGCAAUCCUUUCACCUUUAGAGAGUUGAAAGUGACUGCGUACUAAACGAGCAUCAAAAACAAGGGUACAUCGGGCACGCCAGUGCCGUCUUUUACUUUAUCGUCUUUUCUACUACUCCGUGAAACGAACGCGCGCGCGCGCGCGCGCGCGAUUCGUUCACGCAGGAGACGUGAGUUUUCUCUGUUGUUAUUUCCACGGCAGAAAUCGGCCACACGAGGAAGCGUGGCUAUGGGAAAAAAAAAUAUAUCAAACGCAAAGUCAAUAUACCGAGGGGGUGCGCUGCAAUAGACGAGACACAGCAAUAACGCGAACCGUUUAUCGAGAGCACAUCUCGCGGUGGCUUCCGCGAGGCGAGGAUCGAACCGGUUCUCGGAUUGCACUCCCGAGUUUAUUUAACGAUCGUUUCUCGCGAUCGAUCGCGCAACAGCGUCGAGUGUGGUGCCUUAUUUUAUCCACGGCACUUAAAAUGGCCGCUGCGGACGUAGUUGACGAAAGAGAAGUUUCUGUUAAUUUCUACCGAACCCGCGAUCAAGCGUUUGGGCUCAUCGGCUGAACACUGAACACAGUAUCGCUUUUGGCGAUCGAUCGUCGUACUGCCACAAAGAGUUUUCCACCGAUACGUAAUACAUAUUCGACUGUCAGCUAACGUUCCCGAUCGUCGGACAACGAAAGUGAAAAACGGUGACACUCGGCGACGCUGGAUCCAGGCUCGAUUAGUUUUGGGCCUACGGAUCGAUCCGUCGAUCAGCUGACGUAACGGGCGGGCCAGAGACUUUGUUCAAUAUUAUGUUCCGCGUUUAGGGACGUCGUAGACUUAGGUUGGUCGCGAUACGAGUUCGAUCGAUCGCGAUGCUAGUCGCUGACGAGUCGGAGCGAAACAAAACUUAGAGGCGUCGGUUAGCGUUCGACGCGUCCAAGCGUCGUUGAACAUUAUACCAGAAACGUAGAGAAAACUGUUCGGGAAACGAAUUGUAGGUUUCCCAUUAGCUCUUAAUUGUCAUACUGAACUAUAACUAUCGGACCAUUGACGAACAUUGGAUACUCGGUGCACAGAUAUUUCCAGCGGCGUUUGUUCGACGAAGAUUUGUAGAACUGAAUGUCUUCGAGUACUGAACAUUCCCCCGUACGGGGAGCCGCGUUUACGAUUCUGCCACUGUGCACUUUUGCGAUUAACGUUCCCUCCCUCCCUCCCCAUACCCACCCCUUCUUAGAGUAAUUCAAGUCUCGUGACACGGUACUCCGUUUCAUAGCGUAGAUCCCGAAAUCCACGUCCACGACAACUAAAAAAAAAAAAAAAUAUAUAUAUAUAUAAAAAAAAAAAAGAAAAAUAAGAAUGAAACAAAACGAAAGAGAAGAUCAUCUAGCGCUCUUUGAUGGGCAGCCUCAAGACUGGACAUGCCAUUUGAAUAUGUCGUUUAUAAUAAAUACUACGUAUAACGUUCUAGGAAAAUUACGGAGACGAAUUCACUGAUUCUAGGCACUAGGUACGUAGGUCGAUACGUGUUCCAUCGUAGAGACUGUUAAAAUGUACAAAUUAACUGGAUAAAUAGUGCUUCGUAGUGGCGUUGUUUGAACCCCUCCCAGAUUCAAGAACCGUGAAAUGUUUUUUUCUUUUUCGAAGCUCGAGUGUCAGUUUAAGUUACGAUUACUACCUGCCUCGCGUUCUUCUUUCGGUUCGAGUUGUUGCGUUGCGACCAUGUACACGUACACGUUGAAAGUUUUUGCCGUGCUACCACACCUUUGCCGUGCGAUGAUACCGACUUUUACGUUACCUUCGAACAGUGAAUGCGGAGAGAGAGAGAGAGAGAGAGAGAGAGAGAGAGAGAGUGCUUUGUUUAUAGCCUAGAGGAGAGCAGAGGAGAAUAGAGAAAGAAUUUAACGAAAUACUUCAAAAAGACUAUGUGUGAAUAUAAUUAUAAGGCUCGACGUGUUGUAUAACAAGAUGCAGGUUUAUACGA